AGUUAGUUAGCUGGUGCUUCUUAAAUUUGUGAGUACAAAGAAAAUGGACGACCCUUUUUUCACUGCGGCCCCUGAUUUGGACAAAUUACUUGAUGAAUUAGAAGUCACGGAAGCGCAAACGGAGCAGAAACGACAAAAGGAAGCUAAACUGCAAAAGAUUCUGAGAAGUCCGAGCCCCACUGAGGUGGUUACGACCCCAAGCCAAGUGCUACAACCACAGAAUUAUGAACCUAUACCAACUCUCACUAAUCACGAUAACGCAUACUCAAACGAAGACAACCUGUUAAUCGACAUGUCAACUCCAGUCUUAGUUCCACCAAACCAUAAUGAAUAUGCUAUGUUGAACAACAACAAUGACAAAGAAAUGCUGGCUAAAAUUUUUGGCAGCGAUUCCGAGAGUUCAAAUUUAUCAUCCUUAUAUGCGGGAGCCCCUAUGAACAAUGAAUCUUCCAUUGUAAAUAAUGUGACAAUGAAUUAUACUUCGUUACUGGAUACUCCUAACUGUUUAAUUGAAGUUGAAACAGCUGUUACAAAACCUGAAGAAAAAGUUGGAAAUUUAACACAGCCGAAAAUGAAUAAAAUGGAUGUAAAUACCGAAGAAAAUAGUUUUAAAAGCAAAGCCUUGCCCACCUCUAAUGGGGAGAGUGCCAAGAUAGAGGAGAAAUCGGACAAAACGGCAUAUACUGAUUUUAUGAACACAGAAACCAUGUCAGAAUAUCAUAAAAAAGGUGCAAGGCCAAAGCAGCAACGUAAGGACAUUUAUGCUCCGAAAGUUCUUGAAACCGUUCCAAGUAAAACCAGAACAACUGGGGGAGUAACCCAUAGACUUAUUGAUAACAUGGCUCAAGAUACUGAACUAAAAAGUAAAAUCAAUAAUACACCACCUGCUAAAGUUGUGAAAAACCAAAACACUGAAAUAUCAACUUCUUUCACCCAAGAAAGGGUACUUGCUUCUCCUGUUUCCUCUGAUCCUUCAAUUCCUGCUCCCGCACCUGUUAAAACAUCCCUUUCAUCUCCAACUUCUUAUUCCGACCCCCCUCCUCCCUUCAACCCCCAUACAUCAUCAUCUAAAUCCACUGCUCCAUCACUCUCUUUUACUCCUAAUGCUCCUUCCCCAUCACCAUCUGUUUCUUCUAUUGCUUCUCAUGUCUCACCUCCCCCCACUCCUUCUCCCCCUCAUCGUACACCUUCAUUCAAGAAAGCACCUAAUGUGACCCCAGUUGAAAAAUAUGAUGAUGAAGAAACAUAUUACGACCAUACACACAUGCAACAUCAUCCAGAACAGAAAGAAAGCAUUGACGACAUUUCUGUUCCCCCUUCAAUGCUUCAUGAAGCCAGUAACAGCAAACCAGAGGUGUAUGUUCAACCUGUUGUAAAAAUAAUGAGACCAGGGCGUGUGCGACCUACGUGGGUACCAGAUGAUGAUAGUGCCGUGUGCUCACAAUGCCAAUUGAAGUUUACUUUUACAAGAAGAAGACACCACUGUCGAGCUUGUGGUAAAGUUUUCUGCAGUUCAUGUUGUAGUGAGAAAGCAAAGCUUGAAUACAUGGAGUAUGCGGUUGCAAGAGUUUGUGUUCAUUGUUUUGUCACAAUCCAAGAAGCUGAUGUUGCUGCAGCUGAAGCUUUGAAUAAACCAACCAAACCAACGCUCAAGUCUCCAGAUGACCCAACCACCCCUUCACAUAACAAAAGUGUUCGAUUUUCUGAUGGCACGAAACCCACCCACCCCACCACUGCUAUUGCCACCCCUCCUAUGCCACGUCGAGCUAAAAGUCGCUCUGCUGCAAAGAAUGUUCAUGUUGAAGAAAUGAAUCCUGAACCACAGUUUAAAAGCUCCCUCCCUCCAAUUCUACAAGAAACAGAGGAUGAGAGAACUUAUGCAUUGAUGGAAAAUCCAGAUAUGGAAGGAGUUACUUCAUAUUUAUGGUCGUUACCUCCAGAUCCAAUAUGUUUUGUGAUAUCUUCCAAUUUAUGUUUACUAGUGAAAGUUGUAAAAUAUGGUUCUUGUAUGUACUACUAUGUUCUUUCAAUGGGUUUGGACUCGGUUGGGCAGUCAGAAGUCGCUUUUAUCAUCAGUGCAGAAGAAGAAGACCCAAUUCCCCUCCAGAUAUUCAUGUUGUACAGAUUCCUAUUCACAAAUGCAAGGAAGGGCAAACCUGUACAUUGCAUGGACCUCCUUCUUACCUCAGAAUUUUUAAACCCCACUGACGAAUUCAACGGAUCAAAAGAUUACGCGGGAUUAUUAUUCGUACGUCACACAUGUCAAGAUAUUGAUGCGCUUCAGUAUGAUGUGGAUGCAUGUCGAUUUUAUAAUGGUGUCAUGGAUUUUUCCUCCAAUACUGUACAGUUCUCUUCCACAUUAUUUGCGUUGCUUAUUUCAAAGUCAGAAGUACCGUGGGCCAAAUUGUUUCCAACCCGGUUACUUUGUGGACUUGGUGCACAGUUUAAAUACUACCCAUGCCCACUUGUGAAUGAGAAAAUAAGGAAACCCAUAUAUGGAAACAUAGGGAACACAAUUCUUGGAAUUUUGUGUGAUUUCCGAAAUUAUAAAUACCAAGUGAUAUCUGUGCAAGGAAUGACAGUAGUCGUGAAAAAUUCAAACGUGACAAUUAACCUACCGUGCAACAGAUUUUCAGAUAUCAUUAAAAUUCUGAACAGUUCAAAUGACCACGUGUUGGCCCUUGGUGCUGAUGUGAUGGCAUCCACUGAAUACAGCUCAUCUAUUUUAACUUGUGUUCAAAAUCCCAAUGAUUCAAGUUAUCAAACUGAAGUAUUACACGAUGGACCAUAUGAGGAGGAUGGUAGUACAGCAGCAUCAUUUGUUGUGUUUAACGGUUCGUUAAAGUCAUCCCACACCCAACUUGCUAAGUCAACCAUAGUAGAAGACGGUAUCAUGGUCCAAUUACUGCCUGAAAAGAUGGAAUUAUUACGAUCCGCACUAAAAGCCAUGGAAGAUUUUGAAAUUGAUUGUGGACACUUGGUGAAAGAAGAGGAGAAAGAAGGUGAACAUGUCCCUCGAACAUCCGUGUGCAUUCAGUGGAUUUCUGAUGAUACCAAGUUUAAUAUUGGUUUAAGUAGUCCAAUUGACUACAGAGCAUUGGAAGGAGUGAUUGGGUAUAAUAUUCAGGGUAAAAGUGAAAAGAAAGACAAACACUUCAUUUUAAGAUGGAAUCAAGUAUUCUUCUAUCAAUGUACCAAUGAUGCCACAGACAUGGGAAGAUUAGCAGAGCAGAUGGCUCAAGGUUGCUUUCAAGCUCUUGUUCCUCAUCUAUCAUCAUUGAGGAAAAGAGGACAACUUAAGAUCGGGAUCCGGAUUAACGUUCAUCCUGAUGAGGUUGGUUAUUCAGCUGGUAGUCUUGGUGUUCCACUGCCUGAUAAGUGUUUAAAGGGAUUAGACGACCAUCUUAUUCCGCUUGUUAAUGAAGCUACCUGUCACUUGCAAGCCUUCGAAGACCCAGUGGUGUUUGAACUUAUUUUUUACAUUUUGGAGAUGCAGUUAAAAACGUCUCGCAAAUAAUACAGUAAUUUAUAUAGGUGCACUUGCAAUUUCCUUUUGCUAGGUAUAUGAUUUAAAAACAUAUAUCUUUUUCAUUUAAGUCAGCAAUGUGUUACAUUUUUAAAGGAAGUUGUAUUCAAGAGGUCAUAUUAUUAACUCCUUCCUAUGCUGGUGUAUUCAACGAUAAUUUCUUCUUCCAAUUGAGCUGUGUAAAUAUUUUUUAUCGUGAUAUAAUUACGUUAAGAGUGAAAUAAUGCAUUAGUUUCAUCCCUUCACACUCGCUUUAUUUCCGCAAAAGUGUUACCCGAAACAACCUUUGUUUUAAGUAUUGUUGCUAUAUAUAUAUAUCUUUAUGACUACAAAAUAUACAAAAAAUGCAAUGUAAUUUGUAAACAAAUAUAUGUAUGUUUGUACCAGAUACCACUGUUAAAGUGUAUGCGACUGGUCCCGUAUCACAUACAAUAAAGGGGUAUGCAAAACGCA